GAUCGAUCACCGAAUUACUCGAUUGAACGAGAUUGGCGGAGUGGGCGAAAUCUACAAAGACAUCCAUUAUUACAGGACGUUGUUACCUCAAGUAACAUCUGUCCAGUGUCUUCAAAAUGGACUUUCCCUGGCAUAGUGGGAAAGUUUUGGAACAGCUGAACAACCAACGCCAGCUGGGCCUGUUGUGUGACUGUACAUUCGUGGUGGAUGGGGUGGACUUCAAAGCCCACAAGUCCGUGUUGGCAGCAUGCAGUGCAUAUUUCCGCACUCUUUUUCUGGACCAAAAGGAUGUUGUGCACCUGGAUAUUAGCAAUGCAGCAGGUCUGGGGCAAAUCCUUGAAUUUAUGUACACGGCCAAGCUGAAUUUAACUUCACAAAAUGUGGAGGAUGUGCUGGCGGUAGCGAAUUUCCUUCAGAUGCAGGAAAUUGUCAAUGCUUGUUCUGCCUAUCAAUCCCUUGCCGUUUCUUCAUCGUCCACCACCGGACAAGACAAGCACGAGGGACAGGAGAGAUCUGAGGCGCACAUAGAUGGAGCUUCACAAGACGAACAGGACAAUCUUGCAUCUGCACAGACUCAGGAGCCUGAAAAAGAUGGAGCUGCCUCUGCAACAGUGGCAACAGAGGACCUGCAAACUGCCUCUAAUGCUACAGAGAAACAAAGCACAGAAACCACGGGGGUAGUUACCAGGGUUGGUAGACCUUCCAAGCUCUCCCCAUAUGCCAAGCAAAGAAAAGCUGAUGUGACAGCUAUGAAGACAGACGAAUCUGAGGAGGGAAGCUUAGUGAAAGAUGUUCCAGAGUACCAAGAUGACCCCUCUGAUGCAGACUACACCCCGAAAAUGCCACAGAAGCCAGUGGCUGGUAGAUCCUACAUAAGCACCCGCAGGAGCAAGUCAAAAUAUGCAAUUCGGCAUCCACUCACACAGGAGAGUGAUUCUGGUGAAGGAGGAGAACCAAAGGCAGAUGGUGAGGAGCCUAGGACAGUGGAGCAUGAAGAUGGAGGUGGUGGAGAAGAAGAGGAGAUGGAUGAUGAGAGGCAGAUAGAAGGAGAGGAUGGACAGGAGGGGAUAACAGACAGUGGAAGUGAGGGGAAGAGCCUUCGAUCUGGGGCUAUCGCUGACCGUAGUGAAUCCCGAGCAUACAGCUCUUUCACUCACAAGUGUGAGGACUGUGGGAAGAAAUUCACUCACACUGGGAACUUCAAACGUCAUAUGCGCAUACAUACUGGUGAGAAGCCGUUUAGCUGCAGAGACUGUAAAAAAGCCUUCUCUGAUCCGGCAGCCUGCAAAGCCCAUGAGAAGACACACAGUCCGUUGAAACCUUAUUGCUGCUCUGCCUGCGGAAAGAGCUAUCGGCAGAUCAGCCUCCUGAACCUGCAUCGGAAACGGCACACGGGCGAGGCACGGUACAGCUGUGAGGACUGCGGUAAGGUCUUCACCACCUCGGGCAACCUGAAGCGCCACCAGUUGGUGCACAGUGGAGAAAAGCCCUACCACUGUGACUACUGUGAACGGGCUUUCUCUGACCCCACGGCCAGGAUGCGUCACCUGGAAACUCACGACACAGACAAGGGCCAUAAAUGUCCACACUGUGACAAGAAAUUCAACCAGUUAGGGAACCUGAAAGCUCACCUGAAGAUCCACAUUGCAGAUGGGCCCUUGAAAUGUAAAGAGUGUGGGAAACAGUUCACCACAUCAGGAAACCUGAAGAGACAUUUGCGGGUUCACAGUGGUGAGAAACCCUUCAUCUGCAUGCACUGCCAAAGAGCCUUUGCCGACCCAGGGGCGCUGCAGAGACACGUGCGCAUUCACACAGGGGAGAAGCCAUGCCUUUGCCUGAUGUGUGGAAAAGGCUUCACACAAGCCAGUUCACUUAUCGCUCACGUUCGUCAACACACUGGAGAAAAACCAUAUGUGUGCGAUCGCUGUGGCAAAAGGUUUGUGCAGUCCAGCCAGUUGGCCAAUCACAUUCGUCACCAUGACAAUAUCCGACCACACAAGUGCCACAUAUGCAACAAAGCAUUUGUCAAUGUCGGGGAUCUUUCCAAGCAUAUCAUCAUUCACACAGGAGAGAAACCUUUCCUAUGUGAUAAGUGUGGACGUGGGUUCAACCGUGUAGACAAUCUGCGCUCCCAUGUGAAGACUGUCCAUCAGGGGAAAGCAGGGAUGAAGAAACUGGUGGUGGCUGCAGAGGACGAAGGUGGAGAGGACAAGUUGCUUCCUGCGUCCACCUCGGCGUCAGAGCUGGACGAAAGUGAAAUCAACAUAGUCACUGUCACCACUGAUGACAUUGUGACUUUGGCCACAGAGGCUCUGGCUGCCAGUGCGGUGGCACAGUUGACAGUGGUGCCAAUGGCAGCGUCUGUGUCAGCAGAUGAAACAGAGGCUCUGAAAGCUGAGAUUACAAAAGCUGUGGAGAAAGUACAGGAAGCAGAUCCUAACACGCAGAUUCUGUAUGCAUGCGACUCAUGUGGAGAGAAGUUUCUGGACGCUAGCUCCUUGGCCCAGCACGUACGAAUCCACACGGCCCAGGCCCUUGUCAUGUUUCAGGCAGAUUCUGACUUUUACCAGCAGUACACUGGAGACGCUACCUGGCAAACCACCGAGCAAGUCAUCCAGGGAGGGGAGCUCCUGUUUCGGACAAGGGAGGGUGAAGGGGAGGGGGAGACGAAGGAGGGUGAGGGGGAGAUGGCUCAAACAGAGUCCCACACAGAGGAAAAAGAGCAAGUUGACACUCAGACAGAAGGAGCAGGAGAAUCUGUUGAGAUGGAGUGUGGGAGUGAGAGACAGUGA